GGCUGUAAGUCCACAGACUGCAGCUUACAAUGGCAAGAGCAACUGUAAUCUCAACCAAAUCUUUCAAAUGGAAGACGAUUCUAGCCAUCGUUUUUGGACUUUUAGCUGCAAAUUCCGCCAAUUCCUUCGAUGAAGAGCUGCGAGACUACCUUGAUUACGAGGAACAAGAACAAGCAGAACAAAACCAAUUAGAAGACGAUCGAUCCGAGGAGUUUCUUGAUAAAGAAAAAGAAUUAAAAAGUUAUGGCGAUUCUUACCAACAGCAAAACGGGUUUUGUGCAGGGAAAAAGGAUGGUAAUUACAUCAAUCCGAAUAAUCCCCAUUCUUUCUAUCAGUGCCAUCAAAAUGGCAUCACCCAGCUAACGCAUUGUCCUCCGAAAACCGUUUAUGAUCCUUAUCCAAGGGAUCGCUGUGAGUGGCCUCAAUUGGUCCAGGGCUGUAAUGGCCCCUAUGGGAAUUGCUAUGACAAACAACCCAUCAUCGUGUUGCCAACGCCGUCCCCGUCCGUCAAAGAUAAGCCUUGCAGUGAUCUACCUCAAUGCCCGUCCUGCAAGCCAGCUACCGUGCCCGCCUAUAAACCACGGGGUAAAAGGGUGGAUCCAAGAGGCUUUUCUGAGGAUCUAAGGAACUUUAAACAAAUACGGGCUGCUGAAACAGAACAUGAAUCGAGAUAUUUUGAACAACCGGAGAAAUGGUCCCGUUUCUGUGUUGGUAAAAAAGAUGGAAAUUAUAUAAACCCUAACAAUCCUCACUCGUUUUAUCAAUGCCAUCAGAACGGCGCCACCGUCUUCCAGCCUUGCCCAUCCGGCACUGUUUACGAUCCACUGCCCAGGGAUCGCUGCGAAUGGCCAAAUGAAGUCCAAGGCUGCAAUGGUGGUUAUGGGCGCGGAUGCAAAUAUGCGCCAAUCGUAGUAAUGGAACGUUAUCCUUCGUAUCCAACCCGCAAAGUCAAACCAUCAUUUCCUCAAUGCAAUGUAGAAUGCAAAGUAGGCAUGACUAGACCACCAGUCAAAGAGACCUACAUGCAACGGUCUAUACAUCAACCUUUCCAGCAGUAUAUUUCGGCCCCAUUUAACAAAAUCUUACAUAAGUCGGUUUUGUUAAAUUAGCAAAAUAUAUGAUCCA